AUGCGUCGGCGCUUGCUUUCCUCUCGGUGGGUCCUGCGCCACAUCUCCAAGGCCAGGCGCAUGCGGUGGGGCGGUCGACCCCCGGAGCCCGGGCGCAGAUUUGAGGCGGCAGCGCCGAGGCAAAAAGAGCUAAAGAUUCAAGAGACGAGGAUUCCAAACAUUUUCCUGGUGCCCGGUGUGCUCGACACGGAUGAGGCAGCCAGCCUUAUCGCCAAAGCGGAGGAGUCGGGCUUCGAGUUGCAGACCAGCCGCGGUCCGGCCUUCGGCGAGGCCCUCCGGCAUCAUUCUCGAAUCUCCUUCGAAGACCAGCAGUUUGCUGAUGCGCUUUGGAACGGAGGCUUGCAUGCGGCCCUUGCAACAUUGCGCGUAGGUCGUCGCCGUCCUGCAGGCUUGAACGAGAACAUUCGCAUCUACAAGUACUCUGGCGGAGAUGUGUUUGGAAAGCAUGUAGAUGGCAGCAACCAGACCGCCAGAGGCAACACGGAGUUCACACUCCUGAUUUACUUGAGCGGCGAGGAGCACGACCUGGUUGGUGGAGAGACCGUCUUCUAUGCCAGUGGAGCCGAAGCUCUGCGAGUUCGUCCAGUCACAGGGCAGGCAUUGGUUCAUCGGCAUGGCUCCGAAUGCCUGCUACAUGAGUCACUUCCCGUGAGUCGGGGAGUCAAGUACGUGCUUCGCUCUGAUGUCGUGUUUACCGACCGAAAGGUUUUCCCAGCACUUCGCGAUGUCAAUGGUAUGCUCUUUCAGGUGAUCUUCGAUGCCGUGGUGGACUUCUCAACUCGCACUCUGGACGAAAUGAAGCAGGCCAUUGAGGUGUUCCGAGACCGGGUUGCAUUUUAUGUUUUCAUCUCGUCCCAUGCUGUUUAUGACGUGUCCAAGAACAGAACCCACCAGGAGCCGUUUCUCUUGGAGUCCGACGCUGUGCGGCCUGGACGGGAGAUAUCGCCACUGGACCGGUGGAACCUGAAGGGGCGGAGCACGCGGGGUGACAACGAGCUGGAGUGUGAAGAGGAGCUCUUGAAACAGUACAAUGCUGGUGGCUUUCCUUACGUCACACUCCGGCUGGGGAACGUCUUUGGGCCGAAGGAGAAUACCAUUCGCUAUUGGUUGCUCCACCUCUGGGUCAAGGCUUGCGUGGCGUUGACUCUUCCGUUGCACAUAGACACCAGCCUCGUAAGCACUCGCAUCAGCAUGACGUACACUCCGGAUAUUGCAGAGGCUGUCGUGCGUGCAAUUUCACGCGGCCUGAACGAGACAUGCUGCCCGGAGAAAGUGCAUGGAGAGGCCUUCAACUUAGCGUGUGAGGAAAUGCCGACACAGAGAGAACUGUACAACUACAUCGGAGAGCCUGCAGGGGUGCCUUACGUGGAAACCAUCGAGACUCCCCGCAAUCAUUCUGUGGUGCUCUACCCGGACAACUUGGGUGGCCCAAUCAGUGUGACAAAGGCGCAGGAAGUCUUGCGGUGGUCCCCAACGGGGCUCAGCAAAGCACUCAGGUCGGUGGCCCGCUUCUACGAGCGAAUCAUGCUCGAAGGAAAGAAGCAUAAGGGACAGAUCGAAUUCAUGUACCGAAAGAUGAAAGCCAUGCUUGGUGGAGAUGGACCGCGCUUCGUGGAAUGGACGAGAGCGCAAUAUGCAGAGCGCCGAAAAACGGAGCUGUACGAUGAAUUGGACGACGAGGAUGAGGAUGACAUCAUCCUCGCAAGGAGCGACUCGAAGCGUCCCGGCAAAGGAGGGCGGCGUGGUGAGCUAUGA